GGGCAUUUCCAGCGUACGGAUGCUUUGUUGGAGGAAGUGAAGUCUCAAACAAAUCAUGAGUUUCCACUACGGUCAGGGCUAUCCAGGAGGAGGCAACCCACCAGCGGGUAAUCCAUACGGAGCAGGCAGGGGUGCUUAUGGGUCUCCUUCAGGACCAUAUGGAGGUAGUGCUGGUUCAGCAGGAAGUCCCUAUGGUGGUUAUGGAGCCCCAGGUCACAAUGGGCAGUAUGGGCCUGGACCUACUGGUGCACCUGGAGGUUACGGGGGACAGCCUUACAGAGGACCCCAUGCUCCUGCAGGGAACGUCCCUCCCGGUGUCAACCCAGAGGCGUACCAGUGGUUCCGAACCGUCGACACGGACCAGAACGGGUCCAUCAACAUAAACGAGCUGAAGCAGGCUCUGGUCAACUCUAACUGGUCCACCUUUAACGACGAGACGAGCCUCAUGGUGAUCAACAUGUUUGACAAGACGCGGUCGGGUCAGAUAGACCUGUUUGGUUUCUCAGCUCUGUGGGACUACCUGCAGCAGUGGAGGGGGCUGUUCCAGAACUACGACCGGGACCGCUCCGGGUCCAUCAGCAGCACUGAGCUGAGCCAAGCCUUGGCCCAGAUGGGCUACAACCUCAGCCCCCAGUUUUCAGAGUCCCUGGUGCAGCGUUUCGGCGUGAGGGGCCUCGGCAUACAGCUGGACCGCUUCAUCCAGGUGUGCACACAGCUGCAGAGCAUGACGCAGGUGUUCAGGGAGCAAGACACGAGCAGGACGGGCAACAUCCGCCUCAGCUACGAAGAGUUCCUCUCUGGUGCCAUCACAAGGCUCAUGUGAGCCCCCUUUACUGGGGGGUCGGGUCAAGUCUGCCAAAGCUUUACCAGGAAGUCUGGAGGAAGUGGCAACCAGCCGAGGCUUUUUAACGUCGCCAGACAACUUCCAUGGUGUUGAUUGUUUACAGAACCAGAGCUGGGUGUUGGAACUGGUCCAAGUUCAAAGCCGAGUUAGAACCAUGAUUAUUUACAAGUUCAGGAGAGAUGGAGGACGUGAGCUGCAGCAGAACAUUUGCUUUUUAACUUGAUGAAGCUUUAAAAUCAGUGUA